AUGCCUACCCCCAACCGCAGACUCGCUCCUUCUCUUGCUAGCACUGAUGUCCAGUUGCUACAAGCUUUGAAUGCGAUGAAAGAAGAGAUGACGGCCAUGAAGGAUAAGAUCACAUUGAUGGAUACAAGAAUUGGUGUAGUGAUCACUGGUAACGCAACCGCCAUUAAUGGCAUUGAUGUCUUGUCUGCCCUCCCAGUAUCUGCGCAUGUGCCCACUAGUGUUGCAUCCACUUCUGCUGCCCUUCCUAUCACCGAAUCAAGUGAUACUAACACUGUAUUUGUAAGGAUACAUUCAUGGUUAUAUGUGGAACCCAAAGCUAAAAUCCAAGCAAACGCCAUAAAACCAAAAGAGUUAGUCAAACAACUCUUGUAUUACUUGGAAAAGAAGUUUGCUGGCACUGAUCUGAGGACACGCGACCUUCGUAAGUGUAUGUAUACAAACUUCUGUAGUAGACGUUGCCAGCAAAGGGAACUUCCGGAAACAAGACGAGCCUUGAAUACUAAUUCAAGAAGAUCUGGCCGUGAAACUGAUAACUACACUCGCCAUCACCUUGCUUAUGAUGCUUACAAGGCUGACAUUGAUCUCAAGAUGGGUCAAAACUGCUCUGGACUGAUCCAAAAGUCGGUCAUGUCUGAAGGCAAAUCAGAUGAUGAUAUGUCCCCCCCUCAGCCAAGAAAUGAGAUUCGUGUUGCUCGCCCAAGUUGGAGAAGUGACAAGCUUAACAAAUUCAUUACGGAGGUUGACUCGUUUGUUGUUAAGCAAUUGGGUGCAAAUUCCCGCCAACUGCUUAAGAGAGUUUAUGGUAGAACAGUGGAAUCAACAGUCCCAAUUGAUUUAGAUCCUGCUCUACCUCAAUGGGCUCUUAAAUAUGGGUCAUAA